UGUGAAGUCUGUAACCAAAGCAUCACCAGCAGCUCACGCAGAAUAACACAUGGAGCAGUUUUCAAGCAGUUCUGCAAGGGGAAGAGAGGGAGGAGAUUGAAAUAACCAGUUUAAAAAAAAAAAGUGUGGAGGCAAUUAGGGAUUUUGAAGUGUUGUCUCUCUGCCGGCUUGUGCUCAGAACAGGACAAGAAGCCCCAAGAGCAACUUUAACGCACGGUUUUAAAAGGAUUAUUGCUUGAAAGUUUAGAUUUUCCCAAGCUUUUACAUAUUUCGAGUAUUCUGUAGGCACUUUGCAAUUACUUCCUAAAGUAAAUAUAUAUUUGUUUUGCUUUUGACUUUUAUAAUAUUCAUUUCUGCUUUAAGACCUAUUUGUCUCCGGGGCGCAAUCAUCAGUGAGAGCAAUCUUCUUCAGGUUACACGACGCAGAGAAGCUACGUGACUGACGCAACUCCAACUGGGAGCAGAUGACUUGGAAACUCCCGUGUUGGAAGAGAUCAGCCGCUCUCCGCGCCCAGACAACGCGACAUGAACCCUGGUUUUCUCAUCGAGACUGUGGUGGCACUUCAUCUGCUCCUCUCACCUGCGCAGAGUCUAUCUUUACCAAACACAAACAGUACAACAGAAGUACUGAUGUUUCAAGAAGUGUGGGGUCGUAGCUUCUGCCGGACCAUUGAAAAGUUGGUAGAGGUGGUUCAGGAAUACCCAACAGAGGUGGAGCACAUCUACAGUCCCUCUUGUGUGCCCCUGGUGAGGUGUGCCGGAUGCUGUGGUGAUGAGAAUCUGGAGUGUCAUCCCACUAGCACCACAAAUGUCACCAUGCAGCUCUUGAAAAUCAGGCCAUCAGAGUCCGGUCAAGAAUAUGUUGAAAUGACAUUUGUGGAGCAUCAGACAUGUGAAUGUAGAGUCAGGAAACCUGUCAUGGUGGAAAGGAAAAGGCAUAAAGGAAGAGGAAGGAAAAGGAAGGAAAGACAGAAAACCAAAGAGUGUGACAGAUGCCAGAUCCCUCGCAGGUAACUGCAGUGAUGACGCCGCCCUUUGUUGCAGCAUGGCUCAUUAUAUACUUCCAGCCCAGUGACAACUUCAGAGUCUCGUCAAUCAUCUGUCAAAAACCAUGUCUGCCACCAGAGGCUCAAACAGCUGGGAUGAUCUGCUGACGUGCUGUCUUACCGAUGGGCAGGACGUUUGUGAUGACCAGGUUUAUUACAGGAAGUGUGUUUUGAUUGGUUGAGACUCUACUGCCACACACCUGAUACAAAAGGAAAUCCCUGGGAGCCAGUGCAAUGCAUGACAGAAAAGACUGAUCUGUUUUCCAUUCAUACACAUUAUUUGUGUUCGUUAUUAUAAGAUUUGUUCGUUUUGGGUAUUUAAAAGUUGCUUACACUUGUUAAAAGUCUCUCUCUCUCUGUAUAUAUAUAUAUAUAUAUAUAUAUAUAUAUAUAUAUAUA